CGGGGACCCCGGGCCGGCGCUGUCGCGGUGCUCCUUGGGCCUCACCGUGCGUGUCCACGCGGGACGACCGCUGGGCUCACGUGAGGGCAGUCUCCUCACCUGGGGUUGGGGCUCCUCGCCGGGGGCCUGAUGAGUGUGUUUCUGGGGUUCCAGACAUCUGCAUUUUCCCACGUUCCCGAGGCAGUUGGCACCGGAACCCGUGGUUUAAGUUAGGAAGAACGAAGGUGGGCAUUACCUGGCUUCUAGUAGGACAGAACUGCCAGAAGGAAGCAGUACAAAUGAUAGAGUUUUCUCUGGCUGAGGCUGUACCAGUUCCUUUGUGUUUCCAGCCAGGGAUUAAUAACGUGAACAUCUGACUUGACCAGUUUCAGUAGAGACCUUAGAAUGCGAAUAGACGGGGACAAGAAGGCCUUUGCACCUAAUCUGAGGGGUCACCAUCCUAUAAACGACAUGUUUUAAAGUCGUGGCCUGUUUUAGCCUGUGGGUGCCUGAGAUUAACAACCCGAACAGCUGCAAGCAGGUGUGGACCGGUGCAGAUUACAGAAGCCGCAGCAGUUCAGAGGAUUCCCGUUACCCUGCAAACACUUUGCCCAGGUGUUAACGCGAGCGUGCGUUUUGAAGCUUGGGGACCUGCGUCUCCAUUCUCUCAAAACGAUUCGAGUGGCGGUGCCGACGGUGGAUGAAGGUCCGUGAGGCCGACGUGCAGAAUGCCCGGGAAGAGGCCGUCGGGCCUGGGCACGCAGCGCCGGCUCCUGGGGCUGCUGCUGGUGGUAGCCGCCGUCCACCUGCUCGCGUGCCCCUACACCAAGGUGGAGGAGAGCUUCAACCUGCAGGCCGUGCACGACCUGCUCUACCACCGGCUGGAUGUGGAGAAGUUUGACCACCUCGAGUUCCCUGGCGUGGUUCCCAGGACGUUCCUCGGGCCGCUGGCGAUCGCGGCCCUCUCCAGCCCCGCCGUUUGCGUGCUUUCGCUCUUGGAAACGCCCAAGUUUUAUUCUCAGCUAGUAGUCAGGGCCGUCCUUGGACUUGGCGUCAUCUUUGGACUCUGGACUUUACAAAAAGAAGUGAGGCGGCAGUUUGGGGCCACGGUGGCCACCCUGUUCUGCUGCGUGACGGCCUCGCAGUUCCACCUGAUGUUCUACUGCACGCGGACUCUCCCCAACGUGCUGGCCCUGACUGUGGUCCUGCCAGCGCUCGCAGCCUGGCUGCAGCAGAGGUGGACGCGCUUCAUCCGGCUCUCGGCCUUCGCCAUCCUGGUCUUCAGAGCCGAGCUGAGCCUGCUCCUGGGCCUGGCGCUGCUGGCGCCGCUCUGCCUGCGGAAGGUCUCGGCGGCCAGGGCCCUGCGCUGCGCCGUGCCGGCUGGGGUCCUCUGCCUAGGACUGACGGUGGCCGUGGACUCCUAUUUUUGGCGCUACCUCGUGUGGCCGGAAGGAAAGGUGCUCUGGUACAACACCGUCCUGAACAAAAGUUCCAACUGGGGUACCUCGCCGCUGCUCUGGUACUUCUACUCGGCCCUGCCUCGCGGCCUGGGCUGCAGCCUGCUCUUUGUGCCCCUGGGCGCCGUGGACAGAAGGGCCCUGGCGCUGCUCCUGCCAGCGCUGGGCUUCGUGGCUCUGUACUCGCUUCUCCCGCACAAGGAGCUGCGCUUCAUCAUCUAUGCCUUCCCCCUGCUCAAUGUGGUGGCCGCCAGGGGCUGCGCCUGUGUGCUGAAUAAUUAUAAGAAGUCCUGGCUGUAUAAAGUGGGGUCCCUCCUCGUGAUAGGACACCUCGUGGUGAACGCCACAUACUCGGCCACAGGCUUGUACGUGUCCCACUUCAACUACCCUGGCGGCGUGGCGAUGCAGAGGCUGCACGAGCUGGUGCCCCCCCGCACAGAUGUCGUUGUGCACAUCGACGUGGCCGCUGCCCAGACAGGUGUGUCCCGGUUUUUGGAAGUCAACAGUGCCUGGAGGUACGAGAAGAGAGAGGACGUGCAGCCCGGCUCCGAGCACAUGCUGGCCUACACGCACCUCCUCGCGGAGGCCGCCCCCGGGCAGCUGGCCCCCUACCGGGACACGCACCGGGUGCUGGCCAGCGUCCCAGGCACAACCGGGCUGAGCCUGAACCUGAGCAGGCUGCCCCCCUUUGACGUGAACCUGCAGACCAAGCUGGUGCUUCUGGAGAGACUUCUCGGGCCUUCCUGAGGAGGGGGAGCCAGAGGCCCUCCAGGAACGUCGGGCAUUCCGACAGACGGGACGAGUCGGGAAACGCGCAGAGGACCACGGGUGUGCCCCCGCGUGCCCUCACGGGGGCGUGCCCUCACGGGGGCGUGCCCUCACGGGGGCGUGCCCUCACGGGGGCGUGCCCUCACGGGGGCGUGCCCACAGCCACAGCCGGGACACCCCCGUCCACGCCGCCCACCGCUUGUGAGAACGAGGGGCCUGGCACCCCUGCCAGGGAGACGGUGGGUGGGGUGCUGUUUACCGUGCAGACCGAGUGCUGUUCACGGCAGCGGGAUGUGUAUCUUGCCAGCGGAGCUGCUUGUGGGCCGCAGGCUGUGGCCUCUCGGCCCCUGAAAGGGCGUCCCCCUGGGGCUGCAUAACCCCAGAAACUCAGCACGUGCUGGACUCGUCCCCACCAGCACCUAGUCCUCUGGGCGGGGCCUCCUUUGUGGUCACAGGCAGCCGUUUCCAUUUCAGAUGAGGCUUUAGGAGAUAAACGCGUUCAAAAAGAGUGAGAAUCAAAUUGUAAAUGUCUUCUUAUUGUUGAUCUCAGGUGAUGCUUCCAGAGACUGCCUCCACCUGGGUUUUGUUUAAGUGAUUUGGGCACUUUCCCACUUUGCUGAACAGUGUUUACUGAGUUCCUGACACGUGUCUGACUUCACCAGGCACUGAAGACGGUGCAGGGAACUGAGUGUGCUUUGCCCGCGUGCACACACACUGUGCACAUGCACGCACACGCUACACACGUGUGCGUAGAGACAGGCAGUCUUUCCUGAGCCAUUCCAGAGGGAGUUACCUACACCUGGCCUCCAGCCCGAGUGCCUCGGUGCUUCGGAAGGAGGUGGAGCUUCCUGACCUUUAGUUACUGUUUUUUCCACCGAAGCUGACAAGCAGUCUGUGCGGGCCCCUCCCCAAACCUCCCCGACACAGCGCCCACUGGUGAUUCCUGCUGUGGCCGCCCGCCACUCAGCAGGCUCCCACCUUCCCCCGUUGCCUGUUUCUCGUGAGCGUUUGUUACUUAUCUGUCAUCGGCAGUUCUCCAUGUUUACAUGUGGCCCCCGGUCGUCAGCCUGCACGCGUGGACUGCUGCCGGACCUCGUUGGGCCGUGAGCUGCCCUGUCGGUUGCCUUCGUUUUCAAACUGCAGAUUCACCCGGGGGGCCUGUCAAGCCGUGCUGUCCCGGCUGCGUGCCCCGUCGUUAAGGUUUUGAGCACUUCCCUGCUUCCUGGCACAAGGAGUCCCACGCAGGCUCCUCGGGCCUCUCUGUCUCCACCCUGGAGUCGGCCGUUUGGAGGGCCCGGGCUCCUUUUGGCAGGGAGUGGUUUCAGUGACCGAGAUCUGGGUGCAAAGUGUGCUCGUUGCUAUCAGGAUGCCCGUGUUUCUAGGCCCUUUCUGCGGAGAGAGGGAGGACAGGCGCGCCUGCACGUGGGCACACGCUUAUGCAUGUGCACAGGUGUGAGAGGUCACAGCACCUUGCUGACACCUCCAGUUCCACCCCAUCUCUGUGGGCGUCUGUUUGCCUCCCUCAUUCCACGUCUGCAUGUCCUGUCCCUGCAGUGAGAAUCCUGACCCCGACAACAUCAGCGUACGUUUGACCCGUGUCAAGGGACACCGACCCCCACGCAGUCGGAAAUCCGCAUAUAACCUUUGCCCUCCCCCCCAGGCGUAAUUACUUAUAGCUCCUGUUGAGUGGAAGAUUCACCCAUAACAUGAACGGUCGAUGACACAUAUCUUGUAUGUUACAUGUCAGAUACUGUAUUCUUUCAAUUAUGUAAGCUACAGAAAAGAAAAUUAAGCAAAUCAUAGGGGGACUUCCCUGGUGGUCCAGUGGUUAAGACUUUGCCUUCCAGUGCAGGGGGUGCAGGUUCGAUCCCUGGUCGGGGAGCUGAGAUCCCACAUGCCUCGCAGCCAAAAAACCAAAAACGUAAAACAAGCAGUAUUGUAACAAAUUCAGUAAAAAACUUUAAAAAAUCAUAGGGAAUUCCCUGGCGGUCCAGUGGUUAGGACUCUGUGCUGGGGGCCCAGGUUUGAUCCCUGAUUGGGUAAGUAAGAUCCUGCAAGCUGCGUGGUGGGCCAAAAAAAAAAAAAAAAAAAAGAAAAUCAUAAAAAAGAAAAUAUUUAUAGUACUAUAAUACUGUACUGUAUUUAUCAACAUCAUGAGUUUUCAUCUGUUUCCAAGAUGAAUAGUCUGUCAGUACCUACGUCAUUAUUAUCGUAGACGAUACGAAAGGCUGUAGAUGUUACAUAUAUAACUAAUACUAGACAAUAAUGAAAAGAUAAUGUGAAAAAGAAAUUCACAUUUAUUUACAGGUACAAUGAUAUGUGCAUUGAAUGAAGCGGCAGCAACAUGAUUGCGUUAUGGUUGCCUCGGGUGAUCGAUACGAUCACUUCCAGGUAGCCCAGCCUAUACACUAAUGGAUGGAUCGUCAUAAAAAUUUUAUGGCAUAUAGUAUUGCAGUCAUAUUCAUAAUACAGUAUUGGGAACAUUGUUACAUUAAAAAAAAAACCUAUGAUAGUAGACUGUUACACAGUUUCUCCAAUUACGAGUCAGGGAGGGAGGGAGACUGUACCUAAUUCUUUGAAAGCAAAGUUAUAAAACAAAACUACAUUGUUAAUUUUAUACUUAGUGUCACUCAGCUUAUGCCUGUGUGAGGAUGGACUGUCCACUUCAAUAUAAGUCUUUUACACGGUGUACAGCUGUUAGAUUUUCGCAUCGAGACACAUGACAGAGAGGUCUCUUAGCCGCAGCAUGAUGAUCGUUCACUGUUCGUU